UUUGCAUCAUCGCUUCUUCCGUGGAUAGUUGAGCAGGCAUGGCGUGCGUCGAGGACUACAAGGUGUGCGAGGACAUGACGACGGGCGAGAUGACUCAGCUCAUGCGCGACCCCAAGAACAAAUGCAACUACCCUCAGUGUCCAGCCGGCUCCCGUGAAGUCGAAGAAGGCGUUGACCCGUAUGACACGACUCCGGUCCCUGCAGCCGCACCUGGACCUGCGAGCUCCACUCCAUCUCCGUCCACAUCCAACAAUUCCACAGGACAAGUUACGGCGACGUGGGAGAAUAUCGAUUCCAGUCACUCGGGUGGCCUUGCCAAAGCGUCGUACGCAGCCUUUGCUGCGUACAACAACUCGAAUGUGUGCGACGAACUGCAUGUCGUGGGGGUGUCUUUUGAAAAGCUGGUCGGUGCUGCCCCGUCGGAGCCGCAACAGUACUCUGUCGUAACGCACAUCACAUGCAGCCUCGCGUCCGAGAAGCAAGUGGUGGGCAAGUACAUCCUUCACUUUGAAGAGAACCCGAAGGACCACUUUGAACUGACCACGUGCGGACAUGUCGAAGAGGACGGAGGCGUCGUGAACUGGAUCACUGUUGAGGAAGGCUCCACGGUAUGCCAGACGCCGAUCCAGAACGCUGCGUACCAGAAGCAGGUCGCCGAGCAUGUCGAUCAUGAACGGCCUGUCACGUCCACAAGUUUCAGUGAUUUUGUGGAGAAGCUCAAGGCGGGUGACGGGCGCGCGAUGGCCGUCGCAGGUGCCGCCGCUGUGGCGUGUUUGUUGUUGGUACUCGUGGUCGUGGUAUUCCGGACCCGGCGGGCGCGGUACCACGAGACAGAGACGGCUUCAUGCUCGGGGACUCCGACCAACAAGAUCGGCGAGGAAGCCGACGAUGCCACAGACAACAAAGAAGACGAUGAAAGCAGUGAGGAAGGUUGCAGCAAAGCCUCCACCGACGAUGAGGACGACAGCAAGCCGCGCGAAAGCGUUAUCAUGUCAGCCGAUGAGGUCGGCGCGUUUGCCAACUCGCCCGUCCUGAAGCACCAAGUCUAGAAGCGCAAUGGAGACGUGUUUGUAUGGUAGAUGGGUGCAGGACGGAGCAUGAUGGGAUGUGCACCUACGAAAGCGAGCAUGCCAGUAUCCCGAGGCAAACACGCGGGCAGGUCCGGUCUUGAAAAGUGCUCGGAGGGAUCGAGAGGCACGAGGGCAGCCCUCAGGACUCGCACGGAAGUCGUGCACUUGUAGGAAGAUCACUGCCAAAUGCUCGAGGGCGAUGUAGGUGCAGCAGGUGCACACUAGGUGCAUGUCGUGAUCUCUCAACGAGUACGAGGCGGGUGCAGAAGCGGUUCAAUCGGCCAAAACGAUGGAUUCUAUUGACUGACUACGCCGUGAGAGGCCCCCGCCGCAUCCAACGCUCGAGUCAGCUGAAGAAGGUCCAGUGCGUAGGCACCGCCUUGGAGGCACACGUCAAAGUGCUUGAUCUCGUGCUCCUGUAUCGCCUGGAGCAGCAAAUCCUCCGACGCAAGCGGCGAGCCACGGAAUCCAAUGCGCUGCUUCAUCGGAAGACCGACGACGUCGCACCACGUGAGCGCUUCAAAGGCUUCGAGCAGGUUGUCUUGGUCCGCCAACUUGUCGACGCUGUCGUCAAGGGUUAUGAUACCCACACCCGCGUCCGCGAGCAAGCUGCCGGCGAGUUGAAUCGUCACGUCCGUCGAUGCGAACGCGUGCGUGAGUGUCGCCUUCACCGGCAGUCCGAGUUUCGACGCGGCAGUGCAUUUCUCGAGGACGUCGUCCCAGUCCUCGCGCGGAGAUGUGCACGAGAGGUCGACAGCCAAAGGAGACAACGACGGAGUCCAUGGAGGGCAGGGUCGGCAACAGUGAUCGAAUCGAGACCCAAGGCGGUUGUUGGCUUUAUCGUGGUCGGCGGCGAGAAGACAAGGCCGUGGACAUGGAUGGCGUCAGUGUACGUCACAUGCUGACCAGACUGGCUGUCGUAGUAGCUCACCACCGUCCCAUGCCGCCGGCAGAGCUGCUUUAGCGUUCUCGGCACGGCCGCCCGGUUCAAACCCGUCCUCAAUAACAUCCUCUGGUGGUUCUUCAGGCGAGUUCAUACGAACUGUAUCAUUUUCUCGGAAAUGGUAGUGUCAUUCUCUCUGAACCCGAAUAAAUUCAGCCAUAUUUUGUGCAAAAAAUGGAAGAUAUUUCUUGAA